AUGGCUCCUAUAUCUAAGGAGAUCGACUUUUUGGUCAUUGGUGGCGGGAGCGGGGGUCUUGGUUGUGCGCGCAUGGCCAGCUCCAAGUUCGGUGCGAAAGCUAUGGUCGUUGAAGCUAUGCGCCUCGGUGGCACUUGUGUGAACGUCGGCUGUGUCCCUAAAAAAGUCACAUUCAAUGCCGCCGCCCUUGCCGAGGCUAUUCACGACUCUAAAGCUUAUGGAUUUUCAGUUCAAGAAACGAAGCCAUUCGACUUCACCACCUUUAAGCAUAAGCGGGAUGCUUAUAUCAAGCGAUUGAACGGCAUCUACGAACGAAAUCUUGCCAACGACAAGGUUGAAUAUGUGCACGGGUGGGCAAAGCUGUUAAGCAAGAACGAGGUCGAGAUAACACUAGACGAUGGCACGAAAACCACUGUACGCGCCAAUAAAAUUCUCAUAGCCGUAGGUGGCCAACCGACGAAGCCGUCAUCCGAUAUUCCUGGCGCGGAGUACGGCACCGAUAGCGAUGGCUUCUUCGACAUCGACGUGCUACCUAAGAAGGUCGCCUUGGUGGGAGCGGGGUAUAUCGCCGUUGAGUUUGCAGGAAUGUUCAAUGCUCUGGGUACUGAGACACAUCUGUUCAUCCGACACAAGACCUUCUUGCGCAACUUCGAUCCUAUGAUUCAGGAGGGCGUCACUAGCGAAUAUGAGCGGCUCGGUGUACACGUGCACAAAGAGUCCUCCCAGACUAAGAUUGAGAAGGACCCUAGCACCGGUAAGCUCACAAUACACUACAAAGAUAGCAACGGCGAGAGCAAGCUCGAGGGCGUGGACCACUUGAUCUGGGCUAUUGGACGUACCCCCAUGACCAAGAACCUCGGUCUGGAGGAGGCGGGCGUCAAGGUUGACGAGAAGGGCUACAUCGUCACCGACGAGUACCAGAACACAUCUACGGACAAUAUCUACGCGAUAGGCGACGUAUCUGGCCGAGUGGAACUAACCCCCGUCGCCAUCGCGGCCGGCCGUCGACUAUCGGAGCGUCUCUAUGGCGGCGAGCAAUUCAAGACAACGCGCAUCGACUACUCCAACAUACCAUCGGUCGUGUUCGCUCACCCCGAAGUCGGCAGCAUUGGGCUAACAGAACCACAAGCCGUGGAGCAGUAUGGCCGGGAUAACCUAACCAUCUACAAGACGAGCUUCACAGCCAUGUACUACGCGAUGAUGGAGCCCGAGGACAAAGCGCCCACCAGGUACAAGGUGAUCUGCGCGGGUCCCGAGGAGAAGGUCGUCGGCCUGCACAUCAUGGGCCUUGGUUCCGGCGAGAUGCUGCAGGGUUUCGGAGUAGCGAUCAAGAUGGGCGCUACGAAGAAGGACCUCGAUUCUUGCAUUGCGAUUCAUCCCACGAGCGCGGAGGAGCUUGUUACGCUGAAGUGA